CCAGGCUAGAGUUUGAACAGCAAGGAGAAGCUGCGCGCCCCGAACUUUCCCAAUGGUUUCGGUGACCAGAACCGUGUUUGGAGAGCUGCCCUCGGGGGGAGGGGCAGUGGAGAAGUUCCAGCUUCGGUCAGACCAGCUGAAUGUGGACAUCAUCUCCUGGGGCUGCACGAUCACUGCUCUGCAGGUCAAAGACAGGCAGGGGAAAGCCUCAGACGUGGUGCUUGGCUUUGCCGAGUUGGAAGGUUACCUCCAGAAGCAGCCCUACUUCGGAGCAGUGGUUGGGAGGGUAGCCAACCGAAUUGCCAAAGGAAGGUUCACAGUAGAUGGGAAGGAGUACCACCUGCCCAUUAACAGAGAGCCCAACAGUCUCCAUGGAGGAUUCAGAGGAUUUGAUAAGGUCCUCUGGACUCCUCAGGUGCUGUCCAACGGCGUCCAGUUCUCUCGAGUCAGUCCAGAUGGUGAGGAAGGCUACCCUGGAGAGUUGAAAGUCUGGGUGACAUAUACCCUGGAUGGCGGAGAGCUUGUAGUCAACUACAGAGCCCAGGCCAGCCAGACCACUCCAGUUAAUCUCACCAACCAUUCUUAUUUUAACCUAGCAGGCCAGGGCUCCCCAGAUAUAUAUGACCACGAAGUCACCAUUGCCGCAGAUGCAUACUUGCCUGUGGAUGAAACUCUGAUUCCAACAGGAGUCAUUGCUCCGGUGGAAGGAACUGCUUUCGACCUGAGAAAGCCAGUGGAGCUCGGGAAACACCUGCAGAGUUACCACAUCCAUGGUUUCGACCAUAAUUUCUGUCUGAAGGAGUCCAAAGAAAAGAAGUUUUGUGCAAGGGUGCAUCACGCUGCAAGUGGGAGGAUCCUGGAAGUGUACACCACCCAACCUGGCGUCCAGUUCUACACAGGAAACUUCUUGGAUGGUACCCUGAAGGGCAAGAGUGGAGAGGUCUAUCCCAAGCACUCUGGUUUCUGCCUCGAGACCCAGAACUGGCCUGAUGCAGUCAACCAGCCCCAGUUCCCUCCGAUACUGCUGAGGCCUGGAGAGGAGUACAACCACACCACCUGGUUCAAGUUCUCCGUUGCUUAAAGAAGACAGAAGAUGGGACCUGGUUCGAGGCCAGACUGGUUCCCACUCAUCUGCCUCGCUUUAAAAGUAAUCCUGUGUGUUAAGUCAUUCAGACGGUAGCUGCCAUAACAAUCAACUAGAAUACCGAUACCCUUUCCCGAGAGCUGGCUGUAGGCUGUGUCUAACGACCAGCUCUGUUCUCUGUCAUCACUAAGGUCUGCUCCUGGUAGAGAAGUGGUCCUCUGGACUCUCCUGACUUCAUAGGCUCCACCUCUCCGUCCUGGCUCCAUUGUGUCCGUUUUCUUCAAGCCUUCCUUUCCUUGACAGAACUGUUUUCCUGCCUUCUCUUUUACCUCAGACUACCCCCGCAGAAGUUUUAACCAGGUCUUGAGCUAUGAGAAUUCAGGUUCCCCUUCUGUGCCCCUACCUCAGUCUGCCUAAGCAUUCCUAGGGCCACUGAAGGACAAGCAGGGUUUUGGGCCCUGUCCUGUCAGAGCCUUCUUCUCCGGAGCUGCAGAGAUGGCUGAGCAGUGAAGAGCAGAGGACCAGAGUCCACCCAUGCCAGGCUCGAGGGGAGCAAGCACCCUCUUCUAGCCUCCGGGGACACCUCCACACGUACACAUCCACAACGGUUAAAAACAAACCUUAAAAAAGCAAAAAAAAAAAGGGGGGGUUGGGGAUUUAGCUCAGUGGUAGAGCGCUUGCCUAGGAAGCGCAAGGCCCUGGGUUCGGUCCCCAGCUCCGAAAAAAAGAAAGAAAAAAAAAAUCACUUUAGAAGCAUUAGAGUUGACCUAUCUUUUUAGAGAUGUUGUGAUUUAAAUUGUAAGACCCAAAAACCCAGAAUAAUUUCAAUUUUCCUGCUUUCGUGGUUAACUAGGAGCUUGGCUAAGGUGUAGCAAGAUGCACGGGCAUAGAAGGCUGGAGCCUCACAUACUUUGCACUAGAAGUAGACGCUCCCCUGAGAUGAAGUGGGUGGAGGCUCCUCUUUUCCUCAAAGGUUACAUCAUCGCUGAUGUGCCUAGGCUGCUGAUUUUGAAAAAACGCAUAUAGUUUGUGUUAUUAUCUACUACAGUCAGUUCAAAUAAAACCAAAAUUUCCAUCUUCA